UUGCUUGUGUUGGUAGGGUAGCUUGUGACGUCGUGGUGCUGCAGUGAUGGAGAGUGGGGGGAGCAGCCGGUGACCGUGGGGGGGUUAGUGGCGGCGGCGAGGCUCGGGACUGACGGGUAACGGUUCGUCUGUCACCAGUAUGGCUGUGCAUCACGUUACUGUUACCGGUGGAUAGAGGUGACCUAAAGAUCUCUUUUUAUAUUGAACGUGGAGAACCCCCCUAUUUCCUAGAUGAGUGGAAGGGUAUGCAGAAUGUCAGCCCUGGGCUCCAGAUUGUACCAUUGAGCCGCCGGGUAAAUGGAAGUCACCCUUGAGAGCCCGAUGAUUUCCGGUGACACGAGUUCUGCUUAGCAGCUCCAGCACCAAGUGCAAUGAGUGGGGGAGGGGAGCAGCCGGAUAUCCUCAACGUGGGAGUCCUGGUUAAAGAAAGAUGGAAAGUGCUAAGAAAAAUUGGUGGUGGCGGCUUUGGAGAAAUCUACGAUGCCCUGGACCUGCUGACAAGGGAGAAUGUCGCGCUCAAGGUGGAGUCUGCCCAGCAGCCAAAACAAGUACUAAAAAUGGAGGUGGCAGUUCUCAAGAAACUUCAAGGUAAAGAUCAUGUAUGCCGUUUCAUCGGAUGCGGAAGGAACGAUCGAUUUAAUUAUGUGGUCAUGCAGUUACAGGGUCGAAAUUUGGCAGAUCUCCGACGUAGCCAAUCCAGAGGUACCUUCUCCGUCAGCACCAUGCUACGACUUGGGCGACAGAUCUUGGAAGCUGUUGAGAGCAUUCAUUCUGUGGGCUUCUUACACAGAGAUAUCAAACCAUCCAAUUUUGCGAUGGGCCGGUUUCCCAGUACCUGUCGGAAGUGUUACAUGCUGGAUUUUGGGCUAGCGAGGCAGUUUACAAACUCCUGUGGAGAAGUUCGGCCGCCUCGAGCUGUUGCUGGAUUUCGUGGGACUGUACGGUAUGCAUCUGUCAAUGCACAUAGGAACAGGGAGAUGGGCCGUCAUGAUGACCUUUGGUCCCUCUUCUACAUGCUGGUUGAAUUUGUGGUUGGCCAGCUUCCAUGGAGGAAGAUCAAAGACAAGGAACAAGUUGGUUCCAUUAAGGAGCGCUAUGAACAUCGUCUCAUGUUGAAGCAUCUCCCUCCAGAAUUUCAUUUAUUUCUUGAACACAUCAGCAGCUUGGACUACAUUACAAAACCAGAUUACCAGCUUCUUAUAUCUGUUUUUGACAACAGUAUGAAGACCUAUGGCGUGGUGGAGAGCGAUCCAUUUGACUGGGAGAAGAGUGGCAUGGACGGUUCAUUAACUACCACUACCACAUCCACCACUCCUCAGCUUCACACUCGCCUGACACCUGCUGCUAUCGGAAUUGCAAAUGCCACUCCCGUCCAUGGGGAUCUACUGCGCGAGAACACAGACGAAGUGUUUCCUGAUGAACAGCUCAGCGAUGCGGAGAAUGGUAUCCCUAUUAUGGUUUCCCCUGAACGGAUCCCAGGAUCACCCAGUCAUCAGCGCCCCCAGGAGAAGGACGUUUGGGAGGAGAUGGAUGCCAACAGGAAUAAAGUUAAAAUGGGACUCUGCAAGGCUGCUGCAGAAGAAGAACAUAGUAAUGGUCAUGUAAAUGGCAUACAUAAUGCUCCAAGCCUGGGCUCUCCUGUGAGGGUUCGUUCAGAAAUCACACAGUUAGAUCGGGACGUUCCUCUUCUGCGUAAAUUACGUACUAUACACAGCUUCGAGCUAGAGAGGAGAUUGACACUGGAAUCAAAACCUGAUGCUGACAAGUUUUUGGAGAACUGUGUUGAAAAGAUCCAAAAGGAACCCAAUCUGAAAGAUUCACCAGCUGCUGAUGGGUCUUCACCAUCUCCUUCUCAACCAAGAAAGACCAUUGUAGCCCCGACCAAUGCUGACCAUGUGUGGCACUAUGAUGAUGAGUAUAUACCAGAAGGAUCUAAGCCAGGGUCAGCCAGUUCCCCAGAGCACUUGGAUGGUGUAGUUAGCAAUGGAUUUGUAGCAGUAAAUCUGAGCUCCUGCCGGCAGGAGGUUGACUCUAAAGAAUGGGUCAUUGUGGAUAAAGAGCGUGAUUUAAAGGAUUUUGCAUCAAAUGGGAAUAAAGGUCAGAAGGUUACUGGAAGUCCAUCAGAAGAGGAACCAGAGGUACUACAACCGUUGGAAGAAUCUCCUCAAGACGGACCUCCAAAACUGGCCUCAUGGUUAGAUAACAAUAAGAGAACAGAUGCAGGGAUUGAACUUGAUAUCCUGGUUACUUCAGGCCCUUGUAUUGAUAAACUGGAUCCUAUGUCAGGAGCUGCUGGCCAGCUGCUUCCAGCAACACCUACAAGCCCCAUGGAAGCCCAAGCUGAAGGGGCUAUCACACCGCUUGGUGCUUCUCACAUCCUGUUAUCCUCUACCUCAAGACCUGCUUGCAAUCCCAUACGCUUCACAAGCCCCAGUACACCCCAGUCGAGCCGUUCAGAGUCUCCACACAAGAAAGAGAUUGGCAUCCCCAAGAGUCAGUCAGCUGAGAGUUGCUCUUCUUCCUCUCGUUCAGCCAGCCGCAGGAAGCUACCUGCCAUUCCCCACGGUGCCACCAAGUAUCCCAGUGUAAUUCGAAUAUCAAAGUCCCAGAUGACGAUUCCUCGACCUUCUGUUACAUCAACCCAGUCUGCUUCAGAAAGCUUCCCUUGUGGACCACACUUAGAGAAAAGAGAUCGGGACUCCAAUGUAUUAGAAAUGCUAUCACCACAUGAGAAUCCAACAAGAUAUAGUACCAUAGAAGAUCUCAUUUCCUCUGGUACUAACAAAGGAAACCUGGCAUUAGAUUUAGACAAAUAUGGUCAGAACAAAGCAAGUGGCAAAGCCAUAGACCCAGGAGAUAAAGACUUGGUGAAUGGUUAUGAUCUAAUGCCAAAUGAGAAGAAAAGCAUAGAGGCUCCAGUACGCUCUCAUUCAGGCUCUUUAGUUGAGGGCAAAUCUGAACAAAAACAUAGUUUUCAUCCUCCUAGGCUUUCUCCUGGACAGUAUAAAAUCUCUGACGGUGUAAUGACUGAUAUUUAUGAAUCCGCAAAGACCAGGACUUGCUCUGUGCCAAAUGAACACUUAGAUCUUCAAGAAAUAAAGUUGGAAGCAGAUUUGAAUCCACAAAACGUUGAUGUGGCAGUGCCUACAGCAACCUCCCUUGAAAAGGUUCAGCAAAAUGGUUAUCACAAAGAUAAAAAUACAGUAUCUGCUAAUGGCUGUCCAGAAUCCAGCUUGUCCAUGUUACUUGAUCAAGUUAGUGACAAGGAUCAAAAAAAUGUUAACAAUGGACAACAGUUGGACCUAAGUGAUGGCUCUCAACAGUCUAAAAAGAACCACACAAAAUCAUCUCUUCCAAGUAGACAUAGCAGGAUUCCUGUUUUGGCCCCAGAGGUUGAUUCUGCAUCAGAAUCGUCCUCUCCAAUAUCUGCAAAGGAGAAGCUUUUUCUGAAAAAGGCUCACCAGACAGACCUUGCCAGGCUCUUAAUGGAAAAACGACAGAUUAAGUCAUUUUUCGGUGACUUCUCAAGUGCCUCUGACAAGUCUCUGGAAGAAAAGACCUCACCACCAGCUGUACGUUUAUCUGAGGAAGAAGUCUUCUUCAUUCCCAGAACAGUGUCCGAUUCUAACGUCCGGCAGUCUGACGAUGGAUUUGUAACAUCUCACAGUCCCCAGUCUAGAAGGAGUAAGAUCCCUCGUCCUGUGUCUUGGACAAGUAAUGAUCAGAUCAGCAGUGCCCCUUCAACGCCUUUUCUUCCAAGACCACCACCAGGAAAACCACCCACAAGACCAGGAGUGGAGGCACGCAUACGCAGGUACAAGGUUUUGGGAAGCGGUAACUCUGAUUCAGACCUGCUGUCCCGUCUUGCCCAGAUUAUUCAGAAAGGGUCUCAAAGGCAACGCAGUUCUUCCCAGUCCAAAAGCCCAGGUUCACCCCACAGCCCCAAAACUCCUCCCAAGAGCCCUGCUGUUCCACGACGGAGCCCAAGUGCUUCCCCACGCAGCUCUUCCUUACCCCGCACCAAUAGCACUUCUUCAUCAAGAGCAGGAAGGCCCCAUCAUCAUGACUCUAAAAGUUCAUCUCCGUAUGUGGGCCGGAGCAAAUCUCCACCCACUCUGUCUGGUUCUUCUUCUUCAAGACGGUCCUGUCAACAGGAUCAUUGCUGCAGCAAACAAAGUAAGAACUUAUCCAAGGGACCAGGUGGCACUCACCACUCUACGGGGAGUAAAACCAGCCGUGGAAAACCCUCUGUUCGAGAGGUGAAAGUAUCUAGUAAACUGAGCAGAUAGUAACUAGGCUAUGCCGCCUGAAUGAAUUUACCCAUCCUCGUGUAAUGCAUGUUAUGUAUGUCAUUGUAUAUUUCAAAAGAAAAUCCAAAUCAGUGUUGGUUUUAUGUUCCAAAAAAAGACUUGAAAACCCUUCGAUAUGUCAUUGUAACGGGAGGAAUGUCUAAGUAACAAUUCCAGGUUUGGUCUUUAGUAAUGGGAAACAAUCAGAUGAGGACAGGAGUGGUAGAGGUUAGUGGAGUUGCAGCCCACUCUGUUGCUGGUGGGUCCACCAUUGAUGUUCAGUUGAGACAACGGUUAAUAGGACCAUGCAGAGGUCGGAACAGAAGUUUUUUACCUUCUGAAACUUGCCAACUAACAUCGUAUUGAGAUACUGUAUGCGCAAAGUGCUGAAUAUGUCUAUGUAAUGUAUGAGGCCAGAUAUGUAAAAUAGUGAAAAUGCUGCAUAAACCGAAGCGGAGAACCUUUGAUUGUCAGGCACUUGUUCAACUAAGGACGUCUCUUCAUAGGUUCUUCUCUCCUCUCAUUUCUUUCAAGUUACCCUACAUUUUCCACAAUAUUUUCCUAUGUUAUAGGUGUAUGGUCACUUUUAAUUACCAUGUGUUUGAGGGUUCCGUCGGAAUUUCAAGCUUCCCCCCAUUUUUGAUGGUCUGUAGUACUAUUCUUUCCAUUUAAAAAUACUGCAAGCCUGACUGACCUCCUUGAAGUCAGUGGGGUUCGUCUUUGUCAGAAAUCCGAUCAAUCACAGCUUUAUGUCUUCUGUUCUCCAUGGGGUUCGAGUGAACAGCUCUACUUUGAGGAACUACAGAUUCAUCAGGAGAAGGUUUUUUUUUUUUUAUUUUUUUUAGGCAAAUAGUGCCAAUAUCUGAUGUUUUACAUGCACUGCCACUGUGUUACAUCAAUUCAGAUGUUUGAAGUGUUCAUGUAGGUUGGAUGCUCCUGGUACCUUUAAAUGGGUCCCCUGAAUUGUAUAACCCCCUUACUAUAGGAUUAGAGGUUAUAGGGAGAAAGAUG